AGCAAUACAAAAUGAAAUUUUUUCAAGAAAAUAAUGAGUUUCUCUUAAAGAUAAAGCUUUCCUUGCAAGUCGGUGAGCCGCACAAUUUAGAUUGCGCCUAAUAUGGUGAACCGUCCAAUUCCGCAAUACAAAUCUACAAUUCUAUUCCAAUUGUGCUAGCUUGAAUUUUUGUUUUAAUCCACAUGCAGCAGGGAACUCGUGCAGCAGUACUGAUCAGCAUGUCAAGACUCCGAUGUGUUUUGCGAGGGGUGGAUUUGAGGACCUAUAUACUUUGGUUUGUGAUAGUCCCAUUAUGCAUCUUUGGUGUAUACUUGCAUGGGCAAAAGAUCUCUUAUUUCCUGAGACCAAUAUGGGAAUCACCUCCAAAGCCUUUCCACAACAUCCCUCACUAUUAUCACGAGAACAUAUCGAUGGAGACUCUUUGCAAACUUCACGGGUGGGGAAUUCGUGAAUCACCCAGACGAGUCUAUGAUGCGGUUCUAUUCAGUAAUGAGCUUGACAUCCUUACAAUUCGAUGGAAUGAAUUGUAUCCAUACGUGACUCAGUUUGUGCUUCUCGAAUCAAACUCAACAUUCACAGGCUUGCCUAAACCAUUGCUUUUCGCGGGCAACCGUGACCGGUUCAAGUUUAUUGAACCUCGGCUGACUUAUGGAAUGAUUGGAGGAAGAUUUAAGAGAGGCGAGAAUCCAUUUGUUGAAGAGGCGCAUCAGAGAUUAGCGCUGGACGAGCUUCUGAGAAUUGCUGGCGUAGAAGAUGAUGAUUUGUUGAUAAUGUCUGAUGUCGAUGAGAUUCCAAGUGGCCACACUAUUAAUCUCUUGAGGUGGUGCGACGACAGUACUCCGCCUGUCCUUCACCUUAGGCUUAAGAACUACUUGUAUUCGUUUGAGUUUUAUGUAGACAACAAAAGCUGGAGAGCUUCGGUCCACAGGUACAAGACUGGAAAGACUAGAUAUGCACAUUACCGACAGACUGAUGACAUUUUGUCAGAUGCUGGGUGGCAUUGUAGCUUUUGCUUCCGCUAUAUCAGCAAUUUUGUAUUCAAGAUGAAGGCUUACAGCCACUAUGAUCGGGUCCGGUUUUCUCAUUAUCUGAAUCACAAAAGGAUUCAGGAUGUAAUAUGCAAAGGGGCUGAUCUGUUUGACAUGAUUCCUGAGGAGUACACAUUUAAGGAGAUUAUUGGAAAGAUGGGAACUAUUCCUCAUUCUUAUUCGGCAGUCCAUCUUCCAACAUUUUUGUUGAAUAAUGCUGAGAAGUACAAAUAUCUGUUGCCUGGUAACUGCCGAAGAGAAGAAAGUAGUGGCUGAGUCUUGAAAGAUGGGGUGUCUUUUCAGAGAUUGGAGAUACAGAUUGUGCAUAUAUUGCACUGAACCGGGUCACUUGGACCAUUUGAUGGUUUUGGCUAAUCAGCGAUCGAUACAGGUAUAUAUACCUUAUAUAUGUAACAGUGUAGGUCACUCUCUAGGGAGAAGGGAAGAACUUUGUUAAUUGGGUUAUUGGAAUUUGAGGGGAAUCAGUGUAUAUCUCUGUGGUGUUGGCAAGCUUAUGUACCAUUUCUUUCCUGUACGGCACAAUCCCCAUAUUAAUAUUGCAUGAGUAGGAAUUGAAUGACAUUUCCCAGGCUUCUCUCCGUGCUGGUGGGAAUUUGGCUUUCUUA